AACACACGUGCUCACGCAUUUUGACUGGCAUGGCGGCAGUUGAAUUUUUAUAACCUCUUUCUUUCAUCAGAACAGUGCAAAGUAUCUGCGUGUACAAAAUAUUUAAUUUAUCUAAUAAAAUGGAAGAUAUUGAAAUCAAAAAAGAAAAGAAAAAGAAGAAGGUCAAGGAAGAACCAAUCGAUGCUGAUGAGCUUGCAAAUCUCCAAAAAACUGGUGAAUUCCAAAUUAAAUCUUCGGACAAAAUAGCCAAACUAGAUACUUCCGAAUGGCCACUGUUGCUGAAGAAUUUCGACAAAUUGAAUGUUCGAACAAAUCACUACACACCGUUGCCCAAUGGAGCGAGUCCAUUGAAUCGUGACAUCAAGGAAUACAUUAAGUCUGGGUUCAUUAAUUUGGACAAACCAUCGAAUCCUAGUUCACAUGAAGUUGUCGCGUGGAUAAAGAAAAUAUUGAAAGUCGAAAAGACUGGACAUUCUGGAACACUUGAUCCCAAGGUUACAGGUUGCCUAAUUGUUUGCAUUGAACGUGCCACACGUCUUGUCAAAUCUCAACAGAGUGCCGGUAAGGAGUAUGUGGCAAUUUUCAAGUUGCACGCUCCAGUCGAAUCAGUGGCCAAAGUUCAACAAGGCUUGGAAAAAUUGCGCGGAGCGCUCUUCCAACGUCCACCACUUAUUUCGGCUGUUAAGCGUCAGCUUCGUGUUCGUACUGUUUACGACAGUAAACUUCUCGACUAUGAUGAGUCACGUAAUAUGGGUGUUUUUUGGGUUAGUUGUGAGGCUGGUUCGUACAUCCGUACAAUGUGUGUACAUUUGGGUCUUGUCCUUGGGGUUGGUGGUCAAAUGGUGGAAUUGCGUCGUGUGAGAUCUGGCAUACAGUCUGAACGUGAUGGCAUGGUGACAAUGCACGAUGUCCUCGAUGCUAUGUACAUGUAUGAGAAUCACAAGGAUGAAACAAUGUUGAGAAGAGUUAUUAAGCCACUGGAAGGUCUUUUGAUUAAUCACAAGAGAAUCAUCAUGAAAGAUAGUGCGGUUAACGCUGUUUGCUAUGGUGCAAAGAUAAUGUUACCUGGUGUACUUCGUUAUGAAGAUGGCAUUGAAAUCGAUCAAGAAAUUGUCAUUUGUACAACAAAGGGUGAAGCUAUAUGUUUGGCUAUCGCACAAAUGACAACUGCAACAAUGGCAUCUUGUGAUCAUGGUGUUAUAGCUAAAAUAAAACGUGUCAUUAUGGAACGUGACUUAUAUCCAAGAACCUGGGGCUUGGGACCAAAAGCAUCAGCCAAGAAAGCUCUCAUUGCUUCAGGUAAACUGGACAAGUUCGGCAGACCAAACGAGAACACUCCUAGAGAGUGGCUUACUGGCUUUGUUGAUUAUAGUGCAAAGAAACCGACCAAUGGAAGUGCGGCCCCAGAAAUUGCAGUCGACGAAGCUGGCAAGAAGCGUAAAUUAAGCGUUCAAAGCCAAGAUGAAGCAUCGGCAGCAGUUGAAGCACUUUCCGUUUCUACAUCUGAAAAGAAGAAGAAAAAGAAACAUAAGGCCGACAAAGAGGCCCCAGAAAGCACUGAGGCUGAUGAAAGUACCCUUCCAUCCACACAAGAAGAUGCUGAGGGUGAGGGUGGAAAGAAAGAAAAGAAAAAGAAGAAGAAGAAGGAUAAAGAUCGUGAGAAGGCUGAUGACGAAUAGAUUUUAAGCAAUAUAGUUACAGCUCAGGGCUAUGGAUUGGAUUAUAUAGUGUGCUUCAAAACAAUGCAUUUUCAUUUUAUACAAAUAGAUAUAUUAUUCUUAAAGAAGGAGCUUUAAGAAUACUAAGAUUAAUUGUUAACAUGAAUAAACAAAAAAAACGUUUUAUGUUUUUUAACUGCAUCUUUUUGUUUUUAAUCCUAUGACACUACAAAAAGAAAAUUUAGUUUUAAGUCACUUCCUCAGAGUAAAGUAAAGAAAAUAUUUUGCCUACAUUAAAUGUUAAACAAAUACAAAGCAAGAUUGUUUUUUAUUACCUAUUUUGAUAAAAGUAGUAGUAAAUAUAAGAAAAUUUAUACAAAUUGUAUAUACAAUAUACUUUGAUUUUUUUUAUUUUUGUCUUCACUUGAGCUGUUUUUUUGUUUUUAAUUGUUGUUGGAUGGAUCUUGAAAUUUGGUUUCAAAAGGUAAACAUAUACUUUCAAUAAAUUUAAGAUAAAUAUUUUACAUUUUUGUGUUUUGCAGAUGUUGAGAUAACAAAAUGGGGUUCUUUAGAUUUUAAAAGGUACUGGAACGUGGUGACUGGAUCUAGCUAAAAAAGAUAUAAAAUCAUUCAAUUCAUCAUGUGUGUUGAAACAUAAAAGCGAAUUGGGACGAAUCUCACGGCAGGUCACUAUUAAGUUCUGAUAUCCCUGGGCACGAGAUCAUAAUAGUUCCAAACGAGGAAGAAGCUGAACUAAAAAGCGAAGUUAUCCUACUGUGAGAUUUUGAAAUUGGUUUCGAGUUUAAAAAGAAGAUGAAGGAGCUUUUGGGUUCACAAACUUAAACCAAAAACGUUGAAUUUUGAUUAAUAUAUCAAAGUUUUAGAUCUGAUUGCGUGCCUAAAUAUCUUUUACUUGCCGAUACUUAAUGAUUUAAGUGCCUUCGAUUUUUGAUAUUCCUUUUGGUGCUCUGACGAAUCAAAGAAUUGAAGG